AUGCAGAGUGCAGAAAUAUUCCUUCAGGAAUCCGCGGAAUUUCAAUCGCGCUUGACCGAAGGAUUCAAAGUUGCUGGAAAACUGGGCGAGAUUCGUGUGGGGACAACACCCAAGGAUGAAAUUCACCAACAAAACGAAUUGAGGCUAUAUCGAUAUCGUCCGCUAACCAAGACACAAAAAGUUGCCGAGCCGCUUCUGAUUGUAUAUGCACUCGUGAACCGUCCAUACAUUGUCGACCUCCAUGAACAACGCUCGCUGGUGAGAGGUUUAUUGAAUCAGGACAUUGAUGUUUAUCUUAUCGAUUGGGGAUAUCCAGGACCCGGUGACCGCUACCUCGAUCUUUCUCACUACAUAGACGAAAUGCUGGACCGUUGCGUUGAUGAGACGCUGCAGCACUCAGGCGCCUCCAAAGUCAAUAUUUUGGGAAUCUGUCAAGGCGGUACCAUGAGUCUAUGCUAUGCAGCACUCCAACCCAAGAAAGUGAAGAAUUUGAUGACGAUGGUGACGCCGGUUGACUUUCACACCCCGGAUAAUCUGCUCACCCAUUGGUUUAAGGAAAUUGACGUAGACUUGCUGGUUGACACGAUGGGAAACGUUUCCGGCACCGUGUUGAACAGCAUUUUUCUUUCACUCAAACCAUUUCGACUUGGAAUCGAAAAAUAUCUCGAUUUUGUUCAGAUCAUUGACCAACCAGAGAAAGUUGAAAACUUCAUGCGCAUGGAGAAAUGGAUAUUCGACAGUCCGGAUCAGACAGGUGAGAUGUUCCGCACUUUCAUCAAAGAAUUCUUUCAUCAUAACCGCCUGGUAAAAGGCGGGUUGACAAUCGGAGAUCGGGAAGUCGAUCUAAGAACCCUAAAACUGCCGAUAUUGAAUCUAAUGGCCAAGCAGGAUCAUCUAGUUCCGCCGGCAGCAUCCCAAGCACUGAAGUAUUUGACCGGCUCUCAAGAUUAUGAGGAGAUCGUAUAUGACACGGGGCACAUCGGAAUUUAUGUAAGCAGCAAAGCUGGUCUGGAUAUUCCGAUCAGAAUUGGUCAGUGGCUCAACGAACGUGCUUGA